GUGUCCAUUUUUUUCGAAAUUUUAAUCGGACACACCUUAUUUUGACAAAUUGACAGCCAAAACCAACUACUGUCAGAAAACUUCAAACAUUUUGCUUACGUCCCCGAACAUACGAACAACCCAAACGAGGCAAAGUCUCUUCAGUUCUAUUAAAUAUCAAUUACUAAAUUGAGAACUCCAACAAAUCCAUUCAAUUCAUCUUAACACUUAACAUUCCACGUCUACUUCUAAUAAGGAACAACUUUCUUCCCAACAACAAUGAGUGAAUCGAAGGUAACUUUCAAAAUAACUCUCACUUCGGAUCCAAAGCUGCCUUUUAAAGUGCUGAGUGUACCUGAAGGAACUCCAUUUACAGCGGUCCUAAAAUUCGCCGCUGAAGAGUUCAAAGUUCCUGCUGCAACAAGUGCAAUUAUAACUGACGAUGGUGUAGGAAUCAGUCCACAACAGACUGCUGGUAAUGUUUUCCUUAAACAUGGUUCUGAGUUGCGGUUAAUACCAAGAGAUCGCGUUGGUUGUUUGUAAAUUUGUAUUUUGUUUUUUUUUGUUUAAUAUUUAACUUUAUAUUUUAAUAAAAUGCCAUUAAAAUCAAAAAUUGUA